GUCUAUUUUGUGUUUACCACUCAAUGUUGUCGUAUUGUAAAUGAAAACAAGAUUUUUUUGCUUCACUAAAAAAUAGAUUUUGUGUUAAGAAAUUCGGAUUGUUCAAUGUUUUUGUGUCGAUUUUGUCUUUUAUCGCGUACAUUCGAUGGCUACUGCAAUGAACGUCGACGAUGAUUCGGAAGAUCUGUGGGAAAUAUCGGCUGGUGUGUUCGACAAUUACAAUGAAGACAAUGUAUUAAAGCAUUUUGAUGAAAAAGAUCAACUGAGAACGGACAGACAUCACGGUUUCGAUAAUAAUUCGGGCGAUACAUGGAUUUAUCCGACCAAUUAUCCCAUACGAAAGUACCAACACGAUAUCGUGUACAAUGCUCUGUUCAAGAAUACUCUGGUUUGUUUACCCACCGGGCUGGGAAAGACAUUUAUCGCCGCUGUUGUAAUGUACAACUUCUAUCGAUGGUAUCCGCAAGGCAAAUUAAUAUUCAUGGCACCCACAAAGCCACUAGUGGCCCAACAAAUCGACGCAUGCUACCAGAUAAUGGGCAUAUCGAAGGAAGAUACAGCCGAGAUAACUGGACAGCAGAAGAAGGAAAACCGUUUGAAACUAUGGAAACUGAAACGGGUUUUCUACGCAACGCCCCAAUCCGUGGUGUCUGAUAUCGAUGAUCCGAAUUUCCCCAUACAGAGCAUCAAACUGGUGGUCAUCGAUGAAGCGCACAAAGCCAAAGGAAAGUACGCCUACUGUGAAGUGAUUCGCAUCAUAAAGGAAAAGAAUGAAAUGUUCCGUGUCUUGGCAUUGUCGGCGACACCAGGACAAAAAACCAACGAUGUGGCCGAGGUCGUGCACAAUUUAUGGAUAUCGAACAUUGAAGUUCGAACGGAAAAGUGUCCGGAUGUGGUGCCGUAUGUUCAUAGUAAACGAAUUGAAACGAUUGUCGUCCGUCUUACCGACAAAAUUCGAACGUAUCGCGAAGAACUUUUAAACAUCAUCGAUCCGUACGUUCAAAAUUUGCUGGGAUUCGAUGUAAUCGCUGGAUCAACGAGAACUUUGCACAAAGGCUGGCUAGUGGUUCAGAAACAAAAAUAUAACAAUAGCUCUCUAGUGCAAACACACCCUCACCAUUCAGCCGUCCUAACCGAUUUUGCCUGUUGCAUCAGCUUGUAUCAUGCAUUAGAGCUAUUGGAGGGACACGGCUUAUGGACGUUCCUUAACUUUUUCGAUUCUUCGGACGAAAAAUUUGUUGUCGCUAAGGACUAUCGGCUCAAGCAACUUUUGUCAGCUGUUCGGGAAGAUCUUGGAUCAUAUCCGUUUGCCAAUGGUGGCACUGAUGUUACACUGCCAGCCGAUUUUGAUUUCGGCCAUCCCAAGUACAAUGAACUCCUGAAUUGUUUGUCGAAAUAUUUUACGGGCGCUACCAAUAGCCAGGCGAUCGUUUUCUGCGAGUACAGAGAUUCGGCAUUUCUCAUACAUCAAAUGUUGUUGCAAAGAGCAACGGGAAUUAGACCAGCCAUUUUCAUCGGUCAGGGCAGUACUUCCGGUCAAAGGGGAAUAACUCAAAGGCAACAAAUUGCAACGAUGGCCGAUUUUCGACAGGGCGUGUUCAACGUUCUUAUUGCAACUUGCGUCGCAGAAGAAGGGAUCGAUUGUGGCGAAGUGGAUCUCAUCGUUUGUUUCGAUGUCACCAAGAAUCCAAUUCGUUUGGUGCAACGAAUGGGCAGAACGGGUCGGAAGCGAAACGGAAUGGUGUGCUUGUUGGUUUCCGAAGGCAAAGAGCACGGUAAUCUGAAAGAUUCCAUGACAGCCAAAGAUUACACAAACAAAAAACUAGCAACGCAUUCCGAUGUUGUUGAUAGUUUAUGUCCGUCGCCCCGUCUAGUGCCAACCGAAUUCAAUCCGAAAUGUGUCGAAACUUUCAUUCUGGCUGGCACUGGCACGGAAGUUCAUCCGAAGACCGAAGAAGAUCGUGAUGACGAGAGACGUGUAAGUCAGAUCACAUCUAACAAACGUUCUACGCUGCAAGCCCCAACCACAUCAACAGAUUUGCGAAAUUUUUUCCGACCCAUCACGAACCAGCCAACAGUUCAUCGAAAUCUCAAUAGCGUUGUAACGACAGAAUUAACCGAGCCAGCCUGUGCCGGCAGUGAGUCAAGCGACGACCUAAGUGAUCAUCUGAAAGUGCCGACAUUCUGGGAAGUCAUGGAAAAUGAGAAAACGUCAAGCGCCCUUAAAGCAUAUGCCAUCAAGUGUAACAUUUCCGCUUGGAAAGAAAAAUUGGCAACGAAAACACUGGCACCCGUUCACGAAUCAAUCAUUCUAAAUACGAUAGGGGAUGCGUCGUGUGUCUCUAAAUUGCUGAACGGGUAUCAGCGUCAAGAACGACCUGUUCUGGCCAUUCCCGAAUUUGAUCAGCCGAACGAACCCUACGGUCCGUCAUUCGCAGCGAAACUAGCCGACCGUUUUAAUCGUCAUGGAAAAAUACAAAAAAUGGAAGAGAAAUCAGACGUUAGCUCGACUAGUAGUACAAUUUCUCAAACCAACGAUACUUUACCCAUGGAUGUGAGCGUCGGAACAUCAGAGGCUUUCAUUCCAUUUUAUGAUAAAAUCGAGUCAAAGUAUGAGGAUGUACAGGUGGCCAGCGGUACAAAAAUGUUUCCUUGCAACACACCGGUAGCAGUGAAGAGGAUUCCACUGAAAUCGAGCACACCGUUAACGUCUAAGAGGACAAGCAACAAAAGUUUCGGAAGCAUAAAAGACUCUCCGCUGGCACGAGCGUUUGAGAAAUGUAAAUCGCUCAACGAAAGUAAAAAAGAACGAAAACGGGAAAGGAAAAUGUCGACUUUGACUGAAGCGUUAGCGUUUUUGGGUAUACGUGAUGUCAUGGAUAUUUUUGUCGAUCCAGUGGAAUGUUCUGAAAGGGAUGCGGAUUCUGUUGCUCCAGAGAAAGAGAUGAAAGUAUCCCUAGACAAGCACUCCCAGUCAACUCGCCAAAAACCUAUCGCCGACAAACACACUGCAAUCGCUUCAAAGAGCGUCACUCAUCCAACAUCUCAAGAGUACACAGUCUCGCAAAUUUUGAAAAUUGUAAACCUAAGUCAAAAGUCUACAAAUGGAGAAAAAUCAGAAAUUAAUCAUUCGUCCACACCCAACAAAUCAGCCGGCAAGGAGAUUUUCAUCGGAACAAUUGAAGAUAUUUUCGGCUCCUAUGAUUCCGUUGAAUGCGACAAGCCAGAAUCCAAUGGAAAACAAUGUACCCGCGUAGAAGAAGUAGAAGAGGAGGAUGUGAUCGCGUCUUCACAACCUGUGAUAUCCGAGAUUAAGUUGCCUAGCAAAUAUUUAAGUAAUUACGAAAAUAAGAUACCAUCAAACCAUCUCGAGCUGGAUAACGGUGAUGACAUGUUUGCAUCAUUUGCAAAGACAAAUUCACCAAUUCCAACACCACCAGUUCCAACAUCACCAUCAGUUCAGAAUCUCAGCAGUCCCAAAAAUUUACAGUCGAUACGGUUCCAAGUGCCAUCAAUACGUCCCACCACCAACACCAGUUUCAAGUCACCAUCACCAAACAAUAGUACAGUGAAAACGGCUGAUCGAUCGCCGUCAGUCUUCAGCCGUAAAAUCAAUUUGACGAGGCUGAAAGCGCUUUCACUGAAGUCCAAUUCUGAGAGGAUGCCAUCGAACAGUCUUCAAAGCAAGUCACCGUUGUUUCUUAGCUGUCGCAGCCUAGAUGUUAAAUGCAACCAACGAAGUAACGAACAAGAACCAGAGCAUAGUGAUGAUGGCAGCGAAUUGGACGAACCAUUUAAAAUUCAUCGAAACCGCAACAAGCGGAAUCGUAUAGUCGACGAAACGGUCCUUGACGAUUCAUCAUCACCGAAACGCAUCACUACCAAGCCUGUGUUCAGAAAGCCAUUCAAAAAGUGCCAUUUCAUCGACGAUGAAUGUGAUGUUUCCGAUGGUUCCAGCGACGAUGAGCACGAUGCUUCCGACGCAGAGCUGAAUUCGAUCAUUUGCAAUGAAGAAGUACAUGACGACACGUCGGUCGACAUGAGAGCGAUUUACAUGCAGUCUGUUAAAAGUCCGGUUCGAAAGAAUGGCUUCAGAAUGGCGAAUCCGAAGGCGUAUCUGCACAACACCAACAUUUUCUCGCAGACUGUCGUUGAAGAAAAUGAGUCCGACUAUGAUACGUCGUUUGUGGUGGACGAGUGCAGCGAAAAUGAGGAAAAUGAGCAAGAAAUGUCAGUCCUGGAACGAGCCGAAUGGUUGCUAAAAAAGGAACGAAGGGAAAAGCGGAAAAAAUGCAAUAACAAUUCCAGUUCUGUUCCGAAGCGCCGUAAAAUUAUUGCAUUCAAUGAUAGUUCCGAUGAUAACACUUGAUGUAAGGUGAUGAUGAUGAUGUUAAAUGGAAAUAUAUUUUUUUUACAAUUA